AAAAGGUGGCGGGAGAGGAAUAAAUGAAAUGAUUCAACUGAUAAUGAAAUUGUAAUCUCCUUAUUGAGUUGCUGAUUUAUUACUUCCUCUGGUCCAUUUCAUUCCUGAAAAGGAUGAAAUCAAGGAAAUAAAAAGCAGUUUUUGAGUUUGGUAUUUUUUAGUGAUAAUCAUGGAUUUGUGGGCUGUCAAGAUUUCGUCGUUCAAUCAGUUCUUCAGUGAAUGUUUAGAGGAUGGUUCAGUUUAAUUCAAAAAGGUUUUUUCCUCCAUAUAAUUUGAGAACCGAUUCAAGUGCUCUAUAAUUCAUUUGGAAUAUUUGAUAAGUGGGUGAAAAUAGCGAAACUGCAGAUCGAUUGUUUAGGGAGAGAAUAUGACUAUGAAUAUACCUGUCUGGGUGAUAGCGUUGUUCGUAUCAAUUUUAUGGAGAGGAAGUUUAGGAAAAGCUAUUCAUCAAGAUUUGACAUACUACAACUCAUCGCCCUCUAUCUCGACCAAUUUUUCAACAAUAAUUUUCAACUAUCAACCCCUACCUGCGGAUACGAAGAACUACCCUUCACGAUACAACGUUUAUAGAUCAGCAGAAAGGUUGAAUGAUAACCAGUCACAAAGUGAUACACCUAUCAUAACGAUUUUGGAAAACCAGACAUGUUCAGACUCCUCAGAAGAUUUUCCUCAUGUUUUUUCCGUGGAAGAAUUAAGAAGUUGGGCAAUUAUCCCUGUGAUAUUAGUUGGAAUAUAUUGUUUCACCAUAUUAGCUAUCAUCUGUGAUAAAUACUUCUUGCCGUGCAUGGAAAUUCUUUGUGAUGUGUUUAACUUAACCCAAGAUGUAGCCGCAGCCACUUUCAUGUCCAUAGCUACGUCUACCCCUGAAUUAUUUGUAAAUAUAAUAGGAACUUUUAUAACGGAGUCUGAUUUAGGUGUAGGAACUAUUGUGGGUUCUUCUCUGUUCAACGCCCUCGGGGUAGCAGCUAUUGGUGGCCUAGCAGCAUCUCAGCCAAUCCAGUUAGAUUGGUGGCCAUUAACAAGAGAUGUGAUAAUCUACAUAUGCGCAGUAUUCCUCUUAGUCUUAAUAACAUGGGAUGGUUACAUCUUCUGGUACGAAGGGUUCAUUCUGUUCGUCGUUUAUUUCCUCUACUUCACCGUGAUGUACAACAACACAAGAAUCUCAAACUAUAUCUCAAAAUUCCUCCCGAAGAGAAAUGAUCAAACAAGCGAUUGCGAUGAAGCGAGUAUCAAAAAAGACUCCAUAAGCACAAGCGACCGAAAAGUAUCAACUGUUUCCCCAUAUGGUUCUUAUAUGGAGGAUGCACACCACAGGCAAUCUCAACAGAAUUUCAAGAAUUUUCAAUCAACCACCUUAAGCACGAUUCAGAUAAAAGACCAUGAGAAGGGUAUGGCCACUAUUGAGGAGAAGAACGAAGAGAAGACAAACGACGAAGAUGAACUGCCUUGGUUUGUGUUUCCAAAGGAUGCAAGUACCACUGUUAAAUGUUUAUGGGUUUAUUUGUUCCCAAUCAAAUGCUUUUUACAUAUCUUUCUUCCCGAUCCUCGAAAACACCCGAAUUUGUAUCCACUGAUAUUCGUGAUGUGUAUCGUGUCCAUUGGUAUUAAUUCAUAUGUCGUUUCUUGGAUGAUAACAUUGAUAGGAACUACCUUCAGAAUUCCAGAUGCUGUGCUUGGAUUCACAUUUCUGGCUGCUGGUGGAUGCUUACCAGAAUCAAUAUCUAUUACAAUAAUGUCCAGAAGAGGUGAAGGAUCAAUGGGUGUGUCAAAUUCACUUGGAGCCAACACAAUGAAUAUAUUGAUGUCCUUGGGUUUACCCUGGUUUCUCAAAACUAUAAUGAUGGGCACCAACAAGAAUUCUUUCAUAAGAAUUGAAUCUGGAAUCAUAGAAUACACCAUAGUAGCACUGAUCGGUGUGGCAGUCGUAUUAUUUAUUACACUUUAUUUAAACAAAUUCCAGUUGAGAAAAAGAGUAGGUGUGAUAUUAAGUUUAGUGUAUUUUGUUUGUAUUUCGUUGGCGAUUGUGUCUGAACUAUUGACUAGAGAACAUUGCUGACGAAUAGUUCAUCCACCAUUUAAAGAGGUUUACUUACUUCUUCAAAUGUAAGGAUUUAGGUUAAUGAAAUUUUUUUCGAUGUUUUCCCUUCCCGAAAUUGUAAUCAAUUUAAUUGAAGUAUUGAUUGGUAUUUCAAAUGAAUUGGAUUUGGAUCCAGUUAAACCUAAUAUAGAAAUUGCUUUACCAAAUCAAACUACAUAGUUAAUUAGAGAUAGGUAUACAAUAUGAAUGUUUUUUCCUUGAGUAAUUAUGUAUUAUUUCUAGUAUUUUUACUUUUCUUCGAUGAUUAACAAUAUUUUUUGUACUUUCAAAUGUGAUUUUCAUUUGAAUUUUGAUAUUAUUUCGCGAUAAAUUAAUUUUUUUAAUUUUUGUAUAGUUGGACAAGUUUUGAACCAGGAGUUUCCUGUUGGAAUCAGACAAGUUUCAGCCUUGUAGAAUUUGAAUGAAUGAAGUGAAUUUUAGCAUAAUUUACCCUGU